CAAAUAAAGAAAGUUACGGGUCAGUUGGCCAUUAUAAGUUUAUGAACGUGAUUAUUUGGAGGCAUUCAAAAUUCCCAAAUCUCUGACAGUGCCUAAUCCUUAUUUACUUUUCUAUUUUCGUUUUUCUACUUUGGCACUUUCUGAUCCCCACCUUUAAAGUUGGCUUAGCCCUUCUCCUAUCUUGCACAAACACCAGGUUCCAUUAAGCUUCUAUACACAUUGAGAGAGAGAAAGAGAGGGAGAGAGAGAUCAGCAGAUCAAAUAAGAUGGCCAUGAACUCACCUCCAUGCGACCAUGCAGAUGAAGAAUACAUAGACAUGGAAGUUGGUUCCUCCGCAUUCUUCUGCUAUUCCGUCAACUCUCCGCCACAUCCUAGAGAGUUUGAGUUCCAUAUGUCUUCAUUAACCCCCAUUGAUAGGGAACCUACAACCUCCCCAGCUGAUGAACUCUUCUACAAAGGGAAGCUUCUACCUCUCCACCUUCCUCCGCGUUUACAAAUGGUUCAGAAACUCCUCCAGCACUCCAACACCCACUUCGAGGAAAAUACAGAAGCCUUGGAUGAAAAUUACACCACUCCAUUCUCCACCACAACCCCUACUCCCACCACUGCCACCCCAUUCGAAUCCUGCAACAUCUCUCCCUCCGAGUCUUGCCGGGUCAGUAGGGAACUGAACCCAGAUGAAUAUUUCGUCGAGUGUUGUACUGAUGCAAACGGUUUCAUCAGCGACCAACCCAAGAAGUCUUGGUCCAAGAAGCUCAAGCUGAUCAAGAGCUCUUCCUUGGGUCUGAAGUUGAAGGCUUCUCGUGCUUAUCUUAAGUCUUUGUUCAGUAAAUCCGGGUGUUCGGAUGAGUCCUCCGCGGAAGCUGCGAGGAAUGGAGACGAAGGGACCAUUUCGAAAGCCAAGGAGUGUUUAAACAGGUAUAUCAAGGUGUCAAGGAAAAACCCAUUUGGCCAAAUCCAAAAGGGGAGGUGCCAAAAUGCAGCUACUGUCAUGAGGGGCUUUGAUAAAGAGAAGAUAAUUGAGGAUGGUAGUGGCGGUGAUACUGGCCAUAGAAGGUCCUUCUCUGGGGCUAUCAAAUGGCAUUCGACUAUCAAGUCCUCUUCUUCUACAUCUUCAUCUGGUUCUUCUUCUUCAUCAUCACUUUCGAGUAAUUCUAACGGCCAUUAUGGGGUACAGCUGCUCAAGAGGAGCAGCAGUGCCAAUUCAGAGAUUGAGAGUUCAAUCCAGGGAGCAAUUGCUCACUGUAAACAGUCUCAGAAGCUGUUUGGUUCGAGAAAUGCGAUGAGUGAAGUUGGGUUUUGUUCAUUGUCUGCUUCAAGGAUUGGAGUUUGUGAGGAACAAGAAAGGCCAGCACUUUGUAGAGGAUGAUCAUUGAUCAUUAGUUGAUAAUGAAAAAAUAAGUAAAAGAAGAACCCCUAUUAGGUGAGGGAAGGAGAAAGGGGAUGAAUAAGUACAUAUAUUUGAUUGAUUUAAGACAAAUUUCCUGUUAUUUUCUUCUUUUUUGAUGCUUGGUAUGCUCUGAUUCAGUGCAAAGUCCUGUGAAACUGAAAGGCUGUCUGUCCUGUACUCUUAGAUCAGACCAUCCUGUGGCAGUUUGUGUGAACUGUAGAAAUACCCUCUAAAAAACUUCCAACUGUAAUUGCUUGAAUAAAAAAGAACAAUCGGAACUCU